AUGGUGGACUGUGUGAUUAUAUGCUGUUAUAAUCAAAUCCCUCUGAUUCCCUUACAGGUAGGUACAGACACUCCCAGCUUGAGAAAGGCAGACCCCAAAGGUCGGAGCGCACUGUUGGCUGAUAUCCAGCAAGGAACUCGCCUGCGGAAAGUCACGCAGAUCAAUGACCGCAGCGCCCCACAAAUUGAGAGUUCUAAGGGAACCAGCAAAGAAGGAGGAGGCUCUGCAAACGCCCGAGGUGGAAGCACACCCCCAGCCCUGGGAGGUCUGUUUGCUGGCGGCUUUCCUGUGUUGCGUCCAGCAGGCCAGAGGGAUGCAGCAGGUGGCAAGACAGGGCAGGCCCCUGGCUCCCGGGCGCCUUCUCCCCGGCUUCCUAUCAAAACUAUCAGUGGCCCACUUAACCCCCCUGCAUCUCCCAGGCUAGGCAAUGCUUCUGAGGCCCACGGCGGUGCUGUCAGGGCAGUCCCUCCUCGCCCCAGCAUGCCCGCCCCACCGCCGCCUACCCCACCCCCACCUCCUCCACCCCUGCCCCCACCCCUGCCCCCUUCCUCCCCCACCAAAGCUCCGCUGGUGUCCCCACCUGGCCCACCCACCAAAGGGAACCUCCCAGUGGUUGCACCCCCUCUCCCCUCUGUCCCUCCCCCUCCGCCCCCUCCCCCAACUCCACCCCCGCUCCCCCUGGGCUCCCUUCUCAGUGACAAGGCAGCAAAGCCUCAGCUAACCCCCUUGCAUCUACCACCCAUCCCCCCUCCACUCCCUCUCCUCCCACCUUGUGGGUAUCCGGGGCUCAAUGCAGAGGCCACAAGCCCUGCCCAAGAUGUGCGGGAGCCUCCCGCCCCACCACCCCCACCGCCCCCACCCCCUCUUUAUGCCUCCUGUACCCCGAGGUCCUCUGUGCCUGCGCCUCCUCUGCCAGGAGCUAACAACAGCAGUGAAGCCCCACCCCCGCUGCCCCCCAAGUCUCCCAGCUUCCAGGCCCAGCCACCCAAGUCCAGCGUUCAAGCCUUGCCUACACCGCCAGCCCCUCCGGGAUCCCAGAUGUUCAUGCAGAAGAAGAGGCCAGGCCGGGGCCCAGGGACCAGUGGGGGGAAGCUAAAUCCACCCCCAGCACCGCCUGCGAGAUCACCCACCACGGAGCUUUCAAGCAGGAGCCAGCAGGCCCCAGCCUGGACCCCGACACAGCAGCCAGGAGGUCAGCUGCGCAACGGAAGCCUGCAUAUCAUCGAUGACUUUGAAUCUAAAUUCACGUUUCAUACUGUGGAAGAUUUUCCUCCUCCAGAUGAGUAUAAACCAUGCCAGAAGAUUUACCCCAGCAAGAUUCCCAGAAGCCGGACGCCUGGUCCCUGGCUCCAUGCCGAGGCAGCAGGGCACAGCUCAGAUGACAUCAAAGGCAGAAAUUCUCAGUUAUCCCUAAAGACACUCCGGUGAGAAGGCAGAUGAAGCCAAGGUCCUGUGAGCCGGCGGGGGCUCCACCCUGCCAGAUGGGCAUCCCCAGGAGAACGUGUCUGUCCUCACCACGCUCGAGCUGUAAUUCAGUUCACAUACAAACUCAGAGUGGAGCAUUUAUUUAUUGUAAAUAUGUAGUUUGCACAGGCUUUAAGUCCGUACGGUAGUUGACUUUUGAGUAAUUCAAACACACACCCACAUUAUGUUUCUCUGAUUUUUUAAAGAUGCAUCUUGUCACUCAUCUGUCAGUACAGAUAGAGCCCUGUCCCCACCCCAUGGUGUGUCCAUUCCAUGACUGUAAAUAUGCGUGCAGGCUGGCCCUUCCUAGAUUCUGAACCAUUUCUAGAAGAUUCCUUAGUUUGCAAGUAGUCCCAAAGUCAUAGCAUCCAUGAUAGCUUCUUAUUGGCAAGAUUCUAUAUUCUCAUCACACAAACUGCAAAAUCGAACCAAAUAAUGCCUUAUAAAUGAUGCAGCUCAGAGAGAGUAGUGUAUCCCCACACCCAACAAUGCCACACAGCCUCCCGUGAGCGAGAUGCCGUGUCUCGCUUCCGUUUUGCAGUACAGGGGUUUUCUUUUUUUUUUUUCUUUUUUUUUAUGCUGCCUAAUGUAAAUAGAACGCAAAGUAAAGGCAAGAGUGGGUGUGGGCCCUCCAAUGCCAACCACAGGGCCCUUUUGUAACUGAAUGACCCUACAAGUAGCCAAUGCUCUUACCGUUUACAGUGCACCCCCCCCCCCGCGCCCACGUUCUCAUUCCUCCUGUCCCGCUAAGUCUCUAGCCCCAAUCCUGGCAGCCAGGGUAAGGCGAAAUUUAUGAGAUUUGGGUAUUUUUUCUGCAAGUUAGAAACAUACAUAAUUCAUUAUUAUUAUUAUAGUCAAUUAUAAAUUCUAUCUCAGAGUUGUUGGUUUUUUUCCUUCCCGGGAUCAGGGUUUCCACAGAAAAUAUGACAUGAGAAAGACUGAAGCAUAUUAGCAAAUAUCUGCCUCACAUACCUGGUGCCUCACCCCCACCCUUAGGAACCUUGGACGCACCUGCCAGGCAAACCCAGCUCCCUUCUGAGCUCAAGAAGACCUGACUGGUCUGAGAGCUCCCCCUUCCGUGUGGCAGGCACUCCCCGUGGGGGCGAAGUGUGGAAUUACAGCGGCCCCUGAAUAUGGACCUGGUCUGGACGGGCUCUGGCUGCUAUUCUCACACCCUCUUUCCUGAGCUGGCCAGAGAAUGGAGGCGUGUUUUCACUUGCACCUGACUCCAAUUGCUCCCUGUCCUGGGAGAGGAAGCUGUACCAGAGGAAGGAGAGAAAAUAAAAGGAAACAGACUGACCCUGGGGUCUGUGCUCAGAAUAGGUAGAGAUGAAAGGAAAUCAAGAGGGAGAGGUGGGAAGAGCAGUGGAAAAACAGGUGUCCUUUAGAACAACCCACUCAUGUGCUCAGACCUGAAGGACACCGUGUCCAGAUCAAGCCAUCCAAAAGAGGUAGCCAGUCAGGAGGGUUUUGGCAGACGUGACUGCGUACACUCAGCUGUUGUCUAAAAACUAACAUGGCAUCCUACAUUAUUGUUGUGCUUUCUCAUUCCAGACAGGGGAAACUCAGCAAGGUCAAGUGCCCUUCUCUGGGGAAUCAAUCAUGCCAAAUUGUAACUGCUAAAUCAAUGGAAAAGAAGCUUUUGCAGGUCAUCAGCUCUGGGCACAGCUGAUUAGUUUUAUUGGCUCUGGAAGGUUUCCAAAAGGUCAGAAUUACUUUAUUAUAAACGGUAUCCACUCCUUCUCCCUCCCAGUUGUAUAAAAUAAUUACAAGGCUUUUCAUGAUCAUGAUUAAGAAGGCCCAAGACAAAGGCAAUUCCACCUUCAGAGGAGACUGGCUGCCCUGAUGAGGUGUUUAUACAUUCACGUUCCACGCCACUGGGAGAGAAAUUAAAAAUAAAACCAUCAAGGACGGAGGGAAGGGAUGAGCAGAAACCAAAUAUCGCAAUUAGGGAGAACUCUCAGGAAUCUGGCAUCACAUCUCUCCUCGAGACCUAUCACUGAACUUCACACCCUUUGAACUCGUGAGCCACCUGCCUGUGGCAGGACAGAGGUGUAGCCCCUUGACCGUACUCUUUGGCAGAGGCGACGGAUCACAGCACCCUCACCGCUCUCAAGUGUUUCUCGGACGCUGUCGCCUGUGGCUCCCCUGUGUUUCACAUGUAUUUUGUAUUUAUUGAUGUGCCCUCCACAGACUUCUUUCUUUGUACCUAAUAAACUUUAGU